AUGGAAAAUAUGGGUGAAAAUGGAGCAAAUGGGAGUGAUGAUAUCCAAGAGGAUAACUAUGAGGAACAAUUCAACAAUGGUGGUUUUGAUAACAUUGAGAAUAGAGUUGAAGCAAUGGAACAUUCUAUGGAGCCCUUACCAGCAGCUUCUAGGGAUGAAAUUGAGGUUGAUGAUAACCAGCUAGGGUUAAAUCAUCCUCCUGAAAUGAAUCCAGAGGAGGAUAACGAUGAUAUUUCGCAAAGUAAUGAAGAUGUUGGUUCCCCAUCAUUGUAUAAUCCUCAAUCUCCAACAAAUUCACCAGGUUCAGAAUCAUCCACAAAUGUUAGAACAGAUCAUGUGCAGCGAGCAAGCGAUCUUCUCAUGGCAGUCUCGGUUGGUGCUGAACUAAACAAGAACAAAAUCAUUGAGCAAGCUAUGGAAGCUAUGGAAGAGCUAAUCCAAAUGGCCUCAAAGGGCGAACCUCUAUGGCAACGCAAAGGAAAUAGCACAAUCGAGACUCUAAAUGGGCUUCAAUACUUGAGGGGAUUUGUAAGUUUUGAUCCAACAAUGGAGGAGAUAAUAAGAAUGGUUGAAAUUGGUGAACCUCAAUGCUUUCCAAGCUUUGAUUUCAACAACGAGUUCCCUCAAGAUAUGCAAACAUCCUCUUCAAAACUUGAAUUCGAACCAUUGCAUAUCGAAGCUUCGCGAGAGAUUGGAUUUGUUAAUAUGAAUCCUAUCGACAUUGUUGAAUUGCUCAUGGAUUCGAAGCAAUGGUCGACAAUAUUUUCCAAUAUUGUCUCGACAACCACACUUCUAGGAGUUAUAUUAGAUGGUACUGACGGAAGCUAUAACGGAAUGCUUCAAGUGAUGACAGCAGAAUUUCAUCAGGCUACACCACUAAUUCCUGCUCGACAAAGCUAUUUUGCAAGGUAUUGUAGAAAGCUAAAUUAUGGAACAUGGGGAGUUGUUGAUGUGUCCUUGGAAAAUUUAUUCCCUUAUCCGCAAGUACAGUUCCGAAGAAGGCCAUCAGGAUGUUUAAUCCAAGAAAUGCCAAAUGGAAGCUCUAAGGUUACAUGGGUGGAACAUGUAGAAGUCGAUAAUAGAUCACUUCAUCCUAUUUUUCUUCCAAUUGUUAGCUCAGGUUUUGCAUUUAGUGCGAAGCGAUGGAUUGCAAUGAUCAAUAGACAUUGCCAAUGGCUUGCAACUUCAAUGGCAACAAGUACUCCAACGGAUGCUGGUGUGUUAAUACCACAAUCAGGAAGGGAGAGUCUGCUGAAGUUGGCUGAGAGGAUGACAAGAAAUUUUUUCAUGAACAUUAGUUCUUGUACACAGAAUAUAUGGAUGCAACUACCUAAAAAUAUUGGUGGUGAAGAUAUUAGGUUCAGGUUUGGAAAUACCUUAGCUGUUCCAAGAAAGCCUCCUAGCAGCACAAUAAUCUUUACAACUUCACUUCGGCUCCCAAUACCGACAAAGAUUCUAUUUGAUUUUCUUCGUCAUGAACAUUCAAGAAACAAGUGGGAUUUACUUUCAAAUGAACGAUUCGUCCGAGAACUUGCAUAUGUCAUAAAUGGUGAAAAUCCUGAAAAUCGUGUUUCUGUUAUGCAAGUAAAUUCUUCUCCAAACAAAAUUGAGAUAUUGUACUUACAAGAAAGUUUCACAGACGAGACAGGCUCAUAUGUGAUAUAUGCACCAAUUGAUAUCUUUGCCAUGUCCAUGAUCUUGAAUGGUGGAAAUCCCAAAUUUGCAGCCGUUUUGCCAUCAGGGUUUGCCAUUCUACCUGAUAAGCCACCGGGGCAAGGAGAGGAACCUGUUGGAAGUAUCUUAACAAUAGCAUUUCACACAGCUGACAGGUCAUCGACAGAGGAAUAUAUACCUCCCGCGACGCUUAGAACCAUUGAUGCUGUCUUAACAACAACAGCUGCUUCAAUCAAGGAUGCUAUUAUAGCUGAUUGGUCUGAAAUGCAAUUUGUCAAAACUUGA